CAUCCACCGCCGUCUCACCGCCAGCCUCUGCUGCAGCUCGCCGGAAAGAAUGGCGACGACGACGAGCUCCGCCGUGACUGCCUAUUUCCAUCUAUCCCCUUCUCGCCUUCUUCGCAUUGAGAGGAGAGGUAAAGGUUGCUUAUAGAGGAAGCAAUCGCCGCGAGAGAGAGAGAAAGAGUACGUGAGAGUUUUGUUGGUGUUUUGCGAUGGCGGUGGAGUAUCGCUGUUGUGAAGCUAAGUUUUUCCUGAACAUCGGAGUGAUCGUCCUGCUGGUGAUAUUCGCUGGGCUGAUGUCUGGGCUCACGCUUGGUCUCAUGUCUCUUAGUCUUGUUGAUCUAGAGGUCCUUGCCAAGUCCGGCACUCCUCAGGACCGGAAGCAUGCUGCUAAGAUACUGCCAGUGGUGAAGAAACAGCAUUUGCUAUUGUGCACGCUUCUUAUCUGCAAUGCUGCAGCCAUGGAGGCCCUCCCAAUUUUUCUUGACAGUUUGGUAACAGCGUGGGGUGCAAUUUUGAUUUCGGUUACAUUGAUACUUUUGUUUGGAGAGAUAAUUCCACAAUCAGUAUGUUCUCGAUAUGGUUUAGCAAUUGGUGCAGCUGUUGCACCAUUUGUUCGGAUACUUGUAUGGUUCUGCUUUCCUGUCGCUUAUCCAAUAAGCAAGUUAUUGGACUGCUUGCUGGGAGAAGGCCAUGUAGCUCUUUUCCGCAGAGCUGAGUUAAAAACACUCGUUAAUUUGCAUGGAAAUGAGGCUGGGAAAGGUGGAGAAUUAACACAUGAUGAAACAACUAUCAUUGCGGGAGCACUUGAACUCACUGAGAAAAAAGCCAAAGAUGCCAUGACUCCUCUGUCUGAAACCUUUGCGAUUGAUAUAAAUGCAAAACUUGACAGGACGCUAAUGCAGUCAAUCUUAGACAAAGGGCAUAGCAGAGUACCGGUUUACUAUGACCAUCCAACAAAUAUAAUCGGCCUAAUCUUGGUGAAGAAUUUAUUAACUAUACACCCUUCCGACGAGGUGCCUGUUAAGAAUGUCACAAUUCGCAAAAUGCCAAGAGUUCCAGAAGACAUGCCUCUUUAUGAUAUUUUGAAUGAGUUUCAAGAAGGUCAUAGCCAUAUGGCAGUUGUUGUGAAACAAAGAACACCGAUUGAACAGCCAAGCGGGGACAAACAGGGUGAGGACUUGAAGUUGGACAUUGCUAUCGAAAAGCCUGCUGAAAAAAGUGUGAAGGGCAGCAAACCUAUACAAAGAUGGAAAAGUUUUCCUGCAAAUUCACAGGGAUCAAGCAGGGGCACCCUGAAAAGCAAGAAAUGGGCAAGAGAUUCUGCCGAUGUUUUACAAAUCAACGAUAAGCCUCUGCCGAAGCUGAACGAGGAUGAAGAAGCCAUCGGAAUAAUAACCAUGGAAGAUCUGAUCGAAGAGCUCUUACAGGAGGAAAUCUUUGAUGAGACUGAUUACCAUGAGGAUCAAAGCUAAUGUCCUACAUCAACCAUCAAGAAAUCUUCUUGUUCAAGUGCAUGUGUCUUUGUUGUUGGACAUAAAUUUGCUACUCUUAUAAUAUUUCCAGACUAUCAUAUUUUAUGGAUUCUAGUUUGACGUC